AUGGCUGCUAGGCGGCUAUCUUUGGAUUUUAACAACGAAGGGGUGUUUGGGAGAAUCGGUUGGGAGGAGUGGACAGGGAAACCCCUCGUUGUGGGUAGGCCCGGGGAGGGAAGGGAAGGUGGUGUGACUAAAGGGAAAGAGGGAGGGGAUGGUGGUGUGAUUAGAGCGAGGGAGAGAGAUGAUGGAACUCAGAGGAGGGAUGAUGCACAAGCAGAAGAAGUCCUAGAUGAAGGGGGAGAUAGGGAUGGGGACUUACACAGAGGAGGAAGGGAGGAGGGAGGAGGGGGUGGGGAGGGGACUCUAAGGGAGGAGAGAGCAAAGCGUUGCGACAAAAAUCCGGAGGUGCUGCAACGAAGCUUCCACAGAGCUUCGGAGGUUCCUGCGGCUGCGGUGUCUCAGCAAUCCUGCCAUGCAGUUUUGUUGCCUUGUGAUUCAGUGGAAAAUGCUGCUCCAAACGCCCCUGGCAGCAACACAGGCGAUAGAGAGAGUUUGACUGGUUGCGUAACCGACCGCAAGAGCGGCAGAAGAAGUGGCAGCAGCAGUGGCAGUAGCAGCAAGCCCAUUCGUCCCCCUGUGAGGCAUGCGUCUUUGAAUCUGAGGCAUGCUGUGAAUGAGUGGAGGGAGGGGCAGGAGGGGACGGAUGGGAGGGAGGGGAAGGAGGGGAGGGAAGGAAGCAGGGAAGGGAGGAAAGGGAGAGACGGGAGAGAAGGGAGAGAAGGGAGGGAAGGGAGGGAAGGGAGAGAAGGGAGUGGCAGCAAGAGUGGGAGCAAGACUGAAAGCAAGACUGGCAGCAGCAGUGGCAGUAGCAGGUUCCUACGCCCCCCUGUAAGGCAUGCCUCGUUGAAUCUGAGAGAUGCUGUGGAUGAGUGGAGGGAUGGGCAGGAGGGGAAGAAAAGGAGUGGCAGCAAGGCAGAGAGCAAGAGUGAGAGCAAGGCUGGCAGUGGCAGUAGCAGGCCCAUGCGUCCCCCUAUAAGGCAUGCCUCGUUGAAUCUGAGAGAUGCUGUGGAUGAGUGGAGGGAUGGGCAGGAGGGGAAGAAAAGGAGUGGCAGCAAGGCGGAGAGCAAGAGUGAGAGCAAGGCGGGCAGUGGCAGUAGCAGGCCCAUGCGUCCCCCUGUAAGGCAUGCCUCGUUGAAUCUGAGAGAUGCUGUGGAUGAGUGGAGGGAUGGUCAUGAGGGGAAGGAUAAGAAGGAGGUUGGGGACAGGGAGCACGAUAGGAUGACAGCAUGUAAAAUCCGUCCUUCCAAGGCUUUGCGCCCCCCUGUUAGGCAUGCCUCUCUUGACAUGCGGCGAGCGGUGGACGAGUGGAGGGAGGUGCAGGAGGGGAGGGAGGGGAGGGAGGGGAGGGAGGGGAGGGAGGGGAGGGAGGGGAGGGAGGGGAGGGAUGGGAGGGAGAGGAGGGAUGGGAGGGAAGAGGACGGGCAGGACAAAAUAACUGAGCUGGUUACGAGGGAGUUACAGUGCCAAGGCAGUCGAUUGUUUGAGUCGACUCUCGAGUCGACUAAAAGGUUAGAGGGUCAAGGUAGCCGGUCUCUUGGGUCGACCCUUGAUUCGAUUCAAAGGUUAGAGGGUCAAGGAAGCCGAUCUUUUCCUGAGUUUCUGAAGCCACAACAGCCAUGGGACUUGGAUCUUUCAGAUUCCGAGCUUUCAGGGCCGGAACUACCUGGAUUAACCCCUGGCGGUGGUGCUCCUGCUGUGGCUGCUGCCUCUGCUGCCUCUGCUGCAAGGACUAGCGUUGACUCGUUUGACUUUCUUGGAAAGCCGGUUGUGAAAUCGAGAAUCGCGCUGAUCAAGGAGAAGAAGAAGAAGGAGGUGGGGCUUGAGAUUGUUCAUAAAGAGAAGAAAAAAGAAAAGGGGCGGAUUGGAAGGCAGAGGUCGCUGGAUGCAAGGGGCAGGGGGGCACUGGGAAGAGGAGGGUCGUGGGACUUGGGAGGAUGGGAUGAGGGAGCACAGAGAGCGGGCACAUUGCAAAUCGAUCCGAUUUUGGGCCUUGAGUUGAAUCCUGCACGUGAUUGGGGUGUUACUUUAGAAGAUUUUGAAGAAUCGGAGAAUCCUGGUUUUAAUCUUGGGCGUUUUGAGAAGCCUAAGAACAUAGGUUUUGGUCUUGAGCGUUGUCAAGAGGCGUCUCUUAUUGGGGAUGGUGGUGUUUUGUGGCAGGGCGAGAACGAGGGUCAAGUAGACAGGGGAGCUGGCAGGGGAGGUGAGGGAGGGGAGUGGGGGGAGAGGAGACAGCGAGACAGGCAGCUAGAGAGGCUAGGUCGACGGGGGUCGUUGGAUCUCGGCAGGAGCAUGGGGGGAGGGGAGGGUGGGAGAGGAGAGGGUAGGGGAGGCGGGCGGUGGGAGGGGGAGAAGAGAGUGGAAGAGUGGCUGUUCAAGUCACAAAGGGAUGGUCAGAUGUACCGCCAGUCUUCGGCUGCUUCUACUAGCGGUGCUGCCGCUGCCGCUGCUGCUGCUGCUGCUGCUGCUGCUGCUGGCGCUGGUGCUUCUACUGCUUCUGCAGCUGCUGCGGCUGCCGCUGCUGCUGCUGCCGCUGCUGUUGCGCCCGGAUUUAAGGAGCCCUGGUCUUAA